CACACACACACACACACACACACACACACACACACACACACACACACACACACACUCUCUCUCUCUCCGCAUUAAUCGCCAUGGACGCGGAGCUGAAGGCCGUGGAGCUGCAGGAGGUCCCUGAGCUGAAGAUGGAGGAUGAAGAGGAGCUGAAGAUGGAGGAUGAAGAGGAGCUGAAGAUGAAGGUGAAGGAUGACGCUCUAAAGGAUGAAGAUGCGCUGAAGGUGAAGGAUGCCGCUCUGAAGGAUGAAGAUGAUGAAGCUGAGCUGAAGGAUGCUGAUGUGACCGAGGACCUGGACCAGGAGCAGCAGGAGAAGGAGCCGAUGACCGGAGGACAGCGGCCCUCUGACGCUCCUCCUGCGGGCGGAGACGCGGCCGCAGCGGCGGAGAAGAACGGCUCCGUGAAGCUGAAGAUUCCCGAGGAGACACCGGAGGAGGUGAAAUUCACCGGACUGAGCAAAGAGGAGCUGCUGAGGGUGGCAGGGACCCCGGGCUGGGUGAGGACUCGCUGGACGCUGCUGCUGCUGUUCUGGCUCGGCUGGUUGGGGAUGCUGCUCGGAGCCGUCCUCAUCAUCCUGCAGGCCCCUCGCUGCAGAGAUCUGCCCGUCACCAGCUGGUGGAACCACGGCCCUCUGUACCAGAUCGGAAACGUCCAGGCCUUCACCGACGGACGAGACCUGAAGGGUCUGGAGCAGAAGGUGGGCGCUCUGUCUCAGCUGAAGGUCAAAGGUGUGGUGGUCGGGCCGCUCCACGUCGCUCCGCCUGACGAAGCCGUGAGCCUGAGGUUCGAAGAGAUUUCCCCCGAGGUCGGAAACCUGGAGCAGUUCAAAGGUUUCGUUCAGGCGGCUCACAAGAAGGGUAUUUCUGUGGUUCUGGAUCUGACUCCAAACUACCAGGGAACAUCUGGACCCUGGUUCUCCAACGUCAGUGUUACCAACGUGGCAGAGAGACUGAAGUCUGCUCUGGUGUUCUGGUUGGAUGAAGGUGUGGACGGCGUCCAGCUGUCCGGGGUGGAGCGUGUUUCCACCAUAGUGCCGUCUCUGUGGGCCGACAUCCGAGCCAUCGUCCAGAACGGGACGGAGCAGCGUCCCGACAAAAGAGUCCUGAUCGGGAUCACAGAUCGAUCCUCGGUUGAGGACGUCUCCUCUCUCCUCUCCUCCACUGGUGUCGACCUCCUGAUCUCCAGAGUUCUCCGUCCUGGAGACCCGGAUGCCACGGAGCGUGCUCAGUCCGUCCAGCGCCUGUAUUCGUCCCACAGCCAGACCCAGCUGGCGUGGAGCCUGGGGGGUCGGACGGAGGGUCACCUGGCGUCGCUGGUGGGCCCGGCUCUGGUGAAACUGCAUCAGCUGCUGCUGCUCACGCUGCCGGGGACGCCCGUCUUCAACUACGGAGACGAGAUCGGCCUGAUGGACGAGGACACCAAGUUUCCCAAGAUGCUUUGGGACUCUGAUGACGCACUGAACGAGACUCGACAGGAGGAGAGGGCCGAGCGUCUGUCCUGUCGCAGUUUCUUCCGUAGUCUGAGCGAGUUGCGAGGUAAAGAGCGCUCCCUGCUGUUCGGGGACUUCGUCCUCCUCUCUAACUCCUCCUCCUCCCUGGCGUACCUGCGGGUCUGGGACCAGAGCGCACGUUACCUGGCCGCCUUCAACUGGGCGGAGGAGGCGACGCUGCUGCAGUUGAGCGAUGCGACGCUGCCCCAGCAGGCGGCGGUGGUCCUCAGCACCAACAGCAGCGUCCUGCCUGCAGAGGGCAGCGUGGACCUGACCAACCUGCGGCUCGGCCCCGGACAGGCCGCACUCCUCAGGUUUCCCUACGCUGGAUAGAUCACUUAUUACCUCCAGACAGAAUGAUGAUUAAAGCCUGAUUCAGACUGAUCCAUCAUCCAUCAUCCAUCAUCCAUCACCCAUCAUCCAUCAUCCAUCAUCCAUCAUCCAUCACCCAUCAUCCAUCAUCCAUCAUCCAUCAUCCAUCACCCAUCAUCCAUCAUCCAUCA